GUAGCAUUUUCCAGACCCUCAGGAAAGGACAGUUUGUGGAGGAGCUUAAGCAGUGUUAUCAUCCUGACGUCAACUUCCUGAGGUUGAAGUCCAGGAUCGCCAUCCGUUCCCUCCCAGUACUCCUACUCUCUGCUUUGCCUACUCCCCGCGCACGCUCUCACACUUCAAGGCAUGUGGCAGAGUGACUCAAACUGUUUCUUGACAUUGGACAGAUCUUCCGCCGCGGGUUGCCUGCUAGGAAUUUAGUGAGUUCCAGAACACUGCGUACUGAAACACACACAGGCAGCCUGGCCGUCUGUUUUUCGCUCCAACAAUUUUUUUCUUCCAAUUGCAGUCAAACCAGAAAGGAACAAAACUAUUUAGAAUGCACACACAUAGAGCGACUUCUUCAGGCUCUGAUGCAUAAGGAGGUGACAGAUGCUGUAUAGUCCCGGCUGUUAUCUUUUCAUCUGAGGAAUCACAGGUACAACCAAGGCCAAUGGCACCGGUGUCAAUGUGACAAUUAUCUUGAACUGUGCUGCUAAUACCGAAAUAAAACAGGAGUCGUGGGUGAGUGAGAUGCUUCACUGAAGAGAAAUCAACAACUGUUUUGUAGUAGUUGGGCUUUUCUGUCAAUUGAGGACUCAUUCAGCCUGAGAAUCACAGCACAAUAUGCCUGCCAAAACCCCUAUGUAUCUGAAGACUUUGACCCCAAAGCGGGGCAAGAAGAUGAGAUUGCGCGAUGUUCUGUCCAGUGACAUGAUCAGUCCACCCUUGGGUGAUUUCCGUCACAGCGCCCACAUUGGGAAGGAUGGUGAAAGUGACAUGUUUGGGGACAUUUCCUUCUUACAGGGCAAGUAUGAUGUCCUUCCAAACCUCAACCGGAGGCCAACUUCUCAAAGUACGGGGCAAGGACUGGACGGAGAAUACAACUAUGAGCAAGGUUUUAACAAUGGAGCACGUGACUAUCCUACCCUUCUGAAAAAUGCCGUCUCUCUCCCAGCAUUUGAUGGUGCGCACAAAAGCCAGGACCAGGAGCAAGCUCCUCCAAAGCCUCCUAGACUCCAUCUGGAGGAAGGCACUGGCCAACGGUCACUGUCGGUCAGCUAUACAACAGAAUGUUUCCACAAUGCUGAAGAAGAGUUUGCCACCCCCACAUUCAGCAAAACAGGGUCUUCAGUUUCUUUAUUGACGGAAUCCAACACUUCUUCAGAAUGCUCCGUCAUAGGCAUUGAGCAGCUGGAUGAGAAGAGAGCUUUAAUCUUCAACAAUGAGAUGUCCCUCAAUAAUGAGACCCUUUUCCCUUCUAACUCAUUCCUGAGCGGAUCCGAAUCUUCCCUUGGCUUGAACCUCGAUUUAGGGCCAUCCAUAUUGGAUGAUGUCCUCAGAAUUAUGGAUGGAUACAAGGUCUAGUAAAAUCAGGAAAACUGUCAAAUUGUCCAAUCUGCCACUGGUGGAAGGCUGUUGAAGGAAUGACAAUAACAUUAGGGAAUGUCCAAACAUGAUCAUAUCACAUUGGCCACUGACAGUUCAGGGAAAUGCUUAUUCUUGGACUGAGAGAAAACAUUUGAAACUGCUCCCGUGGUCUAAUCACAGAUAUUUCACUUGCUAAACCAGAACUGCUAAAAGGAAUAUCACAUAAACUUAAUUGGACAUGAAGGAUAACUAUUAUUUUAUCUUCUUUAACUUCAACAAACUUCCUGGGUGAUACCGGAAUUAUAAACAACAUUGUAAGCCAGAAAUGUUAAACUAUUUCUUGAAAAACCUGUUAAAUUCUUGACCUUGUGACUGUAAAAAAGUUGUUAUUCUUUGUAAGAUUACAUAAUAGUUUAGAACUCAGAGAUAUACAUAAUAUGUUACAAUGGAAAUAACACUGAAAUGAACUAGUUGAAUGACUUGAGGUUUUACGACAAUCUGAUGGCCAAAUGGUUCCUAUUAUUGAUGCCAGCCCUUUAUCCCAGGGUUAAAAAGUUGUAUAAUGCAAGCAAAAAUUGACUCCCAACUCUUCUUUGCCUUUGCUUUUUUGCAAUUUUCUCCAGUCCUUAUAAACCUCCCAGCUCUCUAGAACCUUUUCCAGUAUCAAUAAAACUCCCAAAUCUCAGUAACACCCUUCAGUCCCAGUAACACUUGCAAAUCUGUAACCUCUUCGGUCCCCUAUAACCUUUCCAAAUCUCCGCAGCCAUUUCUGGCCCCAACAACCUGGUCAGGGUGUCUCCAAUCCUGGCCUAUCGUGCAUUCCCAAUUUCCUUUCUUGCACCAUUAGCUGCCUUAUUUCAGCAGGCUGAGGGGGUUCCUAGGCUUUCUGUUUAACCUUUUCCAUCUUUUCCAACCUUUUAGUUUAGAAAUUUUCUGGUCAAUCACUCAAAACUCAAGCUGGUUCAAAACUGAACAGGCUGUCCCUUCAUCCCAAACUGCCUAAAGCCCACAUAAAACUGUUUGGAUAGGUAUCAGAUUGUCCAUUAGUUGAUUGCCAGGGAAAUGCUAGCUUUUCUUUAUACUGAAAUACAGGCUAUUAGACUAGACGGGAUUGAGGUUCAUAAGAAGGAGGUGUUAGCAAUUCUGGAAAGUGUGAAAAUAAAUAAGUUCCCUGGACCGGAUGGGAUUUAUCCUAGGAUUCUCUGGGAAACUAGGGAGGAGAUUGCAGAGCCUUUGGCUUUGAUCUUUAUGUCUUUAUUGUCCAGGAAUAGUGCCAGAAGACUGGAGGAUAGCAAAUGUUGUCCCCUUGUUCAAGAAGGGGAGUAGAGACAACGCUGGUAAUUAUAGACCAGUGAGCUUUAGUUUGGUUGUGGGUAAAGUGUUGGAAAGGAUUAUAAGAGAUAGGAUUUAUAAUCAUCUAGAAAGGAAUAAUUUGAUUAGGGAUAGUCAACAUGGUUUUGUGAAGGGUAGGUCAUGUCUCAAGAACUUUAUUGAGUUCUUUGAGAAGGUGACUAAACAGGUGGAUGAGGAUGAAGUGGUUGAUGUGGUGUAUAUGGAAUUCAGUAAAGCGUCGAUAAGAUUCCCCACGGGAGGCUAUUGCAGAAAAUACGGAGGCAUGGUAUUGAGGGAAUUUAGCAGUUUGGAUCAGAAAUUGGUUAGCUGUAAGAAGGCAGAGGGUGGUGGUUGAUGGGAAAUGUUCAUCCUGGAGUUCAGUUACUAGUGGUGUACUGCAGGGAUCUGUUUUGGGGCCACUGCUGUUUGUCAUUUUUAUAAAUGACCUGGAUGAGGGCAUAGAAGGAUGGGUUAGUAAAUUUGUGGAUGACACUAAAGUCCGUGGAGUUGUGGAUACAGUGGAAGGAUGUUGCAGGUUACAGAGGGACAUAGAUAAGCUGCAGAGCUGGGCUGAGAGGUAGCAAAUGGAUUUUAAUGCGGAAAAGUGUGAGGUGAUUCACUUUGGAAGGAGUAACCAGGAAUACAGAGUACUGGGCUAAUGGUAAGAUUCUUGGUAGUGCGGAUGAGCAGAGAGAUCUUAGUGUCCAUGUGCAUAGAUCCCUGAAAUUUGCCACCCAGGUUGAUAGGGUUGUUAGGAAGGUGUACAGUGUAUUAGGUUGUAUUGGUAGAGGGAUUGAGUUUUGGAGCCAUGAGGUCAUGUUGCAGCUGUACAAAACUCUGGUGCGGCCGCACUUGGAGUAUUGCAUACAGUUCUGGUCGCCACAUUAUAGGAAGGAUGUGGAAGCAUUGGAAAGGGUGCAGAGGAGAUAUACCAGGAUGUUGCCUAGUAUGGAGGGAAGGUCUUAUGAGGAAAGGCUGAGGGACUUGAGGCUGUUUUCAUUAGAGAGAAGAGGGUUAAGAGGUGACUUAAUAGAGACAUACAAGAUGAUCAGAGGAUUAGAUAGGGUGGACAGUGAGAGCCUUUUUCCUUGGAUGGUGAUGGCUAGCACGAGAGGACAUAGCUUUAAAUUGAGGGGUGAUAGAUAUAGGGCAGAUGUCAGAGGUAGGUCCUUUACUCGGAGAGUAGUAAAGGCGUGGAAUGCCCUGCCUGCAACAGUAGUAGACUCGCCAACUUUAAGGGCAUUUAAAUGGUCAUUGGAUAAACAUAUGGAUGAUACUGGAAUAGUGUAGGUUAGAUGGGCUUCACAUUGGUUUCAAUGGUCAGUGCAACAUCAAGGGCCGAAGGGCCUGUACUGCACCGUAAUGUUCUAUGUUCUCAUUUCACACGCCAUAUCUUCCCUUGUAAACAACAACUCCCUGGCUUCUGUAAUUACUAUAAUUGUAUUUUCACAGCAAGUUAGAUGAGACAAAUUAAGUGGAGAGCUUGGUCACCACAAUCCUUCUGUCAUCUUAUCCCCUGUGAGGGUGUCGGUGUAAAGGCGAACACAUUCCUACCGGCAGUCAGGCCAGGCUGAUCCAGUCUGUAUCAUAAAGCCUUUCACUGAUUUGGGAAUGUGGAGGACUGGAAUGUCUCUAGUUAUUAAAUGGGAGGAUAUCGUGUGUCUAGUGUUGUUGACCUCUCUUUUUAAAUAGUAUCAAUUAAUCAGUGUAUGUCCUUGAGUAGGAUUUAUCACAAAACUGCCAUCACUAUGCAAGGAAUGUAUUGCACAAACAUAUUCUUAGCAACUAAGGUUUUUUGUGGAGUGGAAUUUUAUCUUUUUUGUUUGUAUUUCUAAUGUUAAAAUACCCAAUUGGUUAUUCCCAUUAAAGCAAUUCCCAUUUGUC